GCACGCAGACGACUCCAGCGAGCGAGAGAGAUCUGUUACGGAAAUGACGUUUUCUGAAAGCUGAAAGCCCUCACAAUUAAAGAGUUCUUUACGGCCGACUCAUGGAGGAGGACGUCUUGAAUGCGCUGCAGAUGCGCUGCGCUUAUCUGUGCGGCGGCUACGAUCGGGACAGGCGAAUCAUAUUCAUUGUGAAUGCAUUCAAUGAUCAACAAUUGUGGAAUCGCCGCUGCCUGCAACUGACGCUCGACUAUCUCAAGCGUUCGCUCAGCGCUUCGGUCUUGCAGAAUGGGGUGAGCGUCGUUGUCAACGCCCAGGAGAUCAGCUCGCGCAUAUCCAGGCAGCACGUGCGCCAGAUUUAUGCGCUCUUUGGCGGCGACAUCAGCGUCGAUGUUUAUCUAGUCAGAGCGGAGGGCUUCUGGGAGAAGCACGUGGAGCCUUGCGCCAAGUCGCAGACCAAAGGCGAGCCCCUGGUGCUGUCGAAGGCACGGCUGGCCAAGUUCAUAGAGCUGCACCAAUUGCCCGAGGAGCUGGGCGGCACGCUGCAAUUCAAUUAUGAUCUAUGGCUGCAGCAGCGCAAGUCCGUGGACGAGUUCAGCAAGACCCACGCGCAAACUCUGGCCGGCAUGGAGCAGCUGUUGGCGCUGCUGAAGUCGCUGCGGCCAGCGGAAGCGGAUGUCGAGCUUAAGAAGUGCGCUCAGCUGCAUACGCACGUGCAGCGCAGCAUUGAGUCGGCGAUUGAGAUGGGUAAGCGAAGAGGCCUUUAUGUUAAGACCAAGAUAGCCAAGGCGUCCAUAGAGCGCGACAUCAUUGUGGAGGACGCCUUAGAAGAGGAGGAAGAGGAGCCAGAUGGCCCGCCAGAGCAGCCUGGCCAGAACAGCCUCGACARGAUUAAGGCGCUCAUACGCAACGACAGCGAAACAUAUCCGCACAGCGACUACACGGACACCGAUGAGCCCUCGCCCCUGCACUCGCGCACCGCCUCAGUGGACUCGACAGCCGAGCAGCCGCAGCAGCAGCAGUUGAGUAAACCCAAUUUGUUUUCAUGUGAUUACAGCGUUGUGCCGGAUGAGCUGCCGCUGGACAGCAGUCCGAGUCCGAUGCACGACAGCGGACGCAACAGCAGCACGGGCAGCGGCGAGUCCAUUCAGGCGGAAACACCAGCCACGUUGACUGUGACGCCGACGGGCAGCAAUGACCUGGCCUGUGCCGCCAUCUCGCACAAGUUGAGCGCAAUUGCCGAGGUGGCCGAGUCCUUGGAUGCGGUCAUACGAGACUGCAGCGGCGCCGAGCUGGACCUGUCCACCAAUGCCACCCACAAGAAGCUGGGCAUGGCCAGCGAGGACUGGCAGUCGCGUUCGACGGAAGAUGAGUCCUUUGCCACGGCCUCCGAGGGCAAUUUUACGCCCAAUUCGCAUUCGUCUUCCUUUCAAACGGCCUCGGGCCGCACCAGCUCCUACAUUGGCUCCGCCAAGAACUCCUUUGACGAGGCGGACGACUCGACGCUGAGCAACUUUGAAAUACCCGAGCUGCCGCAGUCCCCAGUGAACAUGUCCUUCGAGAGCUCCGAGUUGAGCUACUUCUCWGCACAGCAGCCUCUCAAAGCGGAGGAUCAGGAUAGCGUGGUGGGCGUGGCCGAGCUGCACAGCCAAAGCGUAACGCCCACGCCCGAAGAAGAGCAACAGCUGCAGCUGAAGCUGCUGGCCCAGCCCAUCGAAUCGGACAGCGAAUUAGAGGCCUACGGCCUGGACGCGGCCCACAUCAGCACCGAGCUCCUGCCCAGCGUCUCCACGGCCGUCACGCCGGAGGUGAGUGCCCAGUGCGCUGCCACGGCUGACAAUGCGCAGCAGACGACGCCGCCAGCAGCGUGGCGCCGCAGCAAAUACUACGAGAAUAUAACGAAGCAAACGAUCAAGGGAUUUCUCUGAGAGAGUCGCCCGCGCCUCCGGCGCCUCCUCGAGAGCCCCCCACUAGAACCCGCCUAAUUAAUAUGCGCCAUUUGCCUUUGCUCCGCUUUCUUCUUCUUUGUUGUUUGUUUGUUUUAUUUCAUUUC